AGCAAGCUGAGAACCAAUCCUGCACCCAGUUACCCAGAAUUCUGAGUACACAGCUUCCUGAAAUGGCGGUCAGCACCUGUAGCCUCUUGGCCGUUGCCAUGGCCCUCGCUCUCCUAAGCGGCAACAUGGCCCACGCCAGCCGCCUCCUGGCGGACACCACUGAGGCAGCAUCCCCCACUGCAACGCCUGCCGCCGUCCCAGGCAUCGCCGCACCCAAGCCGCCGGUGCCCACCAUGCCUACAAUGCCACCGGUGCCAACCGUGCCCACGGUCACCACGCCGCAGGUCACGGUGCCGCCGAUGCCUGCCGUGCCGGCGAUCACCGUCCCGCAGCUCACCAUCCCCCCCAUGCCGACCGUGCCCGCGAUCACCGUGCCCCAGGUCACGUUGCCGCCCAUGCCGGCCGUCCCCACGGUCACGAUGCCGCCCAUGCCCGCCGUUGUUGUGCCGAAGGUGACGAUGCCGCCAAUGCCUGCAAUUCCAUCCAUCUCCAUCCCCAAGAUGACAUUGCCUCCGAUGCCUUCCAUUCCUACCGUGAACGUGCCAAUGCCGUUCCUCGCGCCACCUCCUUCGGCAUAGGCCCGGAGCAGAGCACCGGAGCGGAAUUCUACAUCGAUCGUCCAGUGAUUUUGGCUUUGCUUACUUGAUUCAUCAUUGGUUCGGUGGUGAAUCUUGGUCAUGACGGGUGUCAUUCACCGUUCGCCACCUUGUUUACAUCAUACGGUUCCUAUCUGUGUGUGUGUUUGUGUAGUACGUACGUAGCAUUAGGCUUGUCAAUGGCCGUCUCUUUUUCUUUCUCUUUGUAUUGAGUGUUUACACUGGACAUGUAUGUCAUUUUUAUUACAUUUAUGUCAGACGUAUACUGAUAUGCA